GCAGAGCCUGAUGGGAAAAAAAUCCCUCCGUGCCUUCCAGCUUGGUUUUCUGAAGGUUCCUUGUCCUGGGCAUGAGUCAGAGGCAGGACACACUUGGCCGAUUUUGUUCAUGCCUUUGAUUUUUAUUAGUGCCUGGAACUGCUGGGGAAAAACUGGUCUGUACCAAUGCAGACGCCCCCUGUUCGGGCACCGAGCAGGGCUUUUCCAGCUCCAAGGUUCGUUUGUGUCAGAAGCUACACUGGAAGCCAACCCUGCUGGGUCAGGAGCCGCCAUUUGUACAGAGCAGGACGAUGAAGGCCAUUGGACUUCUGGCUCUAAAUCGAUGGCCCCGUGAGUCUGCAGACCAACAAACAGGCCCGCAAUGACCUCGAUCAGCAAAGAAUUCCCCUUUGUCCCCUGGCCCGGGGUUUUCCGGCCUCCCAUCAGCGCCUGCUGGGUGGGACCUGACCCUCCCCUACUCUCAGGUUUAUGGCUCAGCCCUUUGGCCUAGUCCCGCCCGCUGCAUCCUGACAACUGGACCUUCCACUCUCCUCCCGGCAGCUGUUUGCUGUGUGAGUGAGUGUGCGUCCCGGGGAGGUGGGGGCCCAGCAGAGGUGGAGGGGAAGCAGGGCCUUCCUUCCACCUGACCCUCUCCCUCUUUGUCCUAGCUCCGUACCCCCAGCUCUGCGGGCUGGCCAAUCACCGACCCCGCUCGGGGAAAUGAGCCCUGUUUGGUUCCAGGAGAACAAUCCUGCUGAAAGGUGAGCUGGGGCUCGAGCUUGGCUCAGCCAACUGCAGAGCGUGGGGCGAAGUUCUCCGGGAACUAUGAGGAAGUGAGCCGGGCCCGUCAUCCUCCAGCCCAGCAGCCAGACCCACAGGCCCAACUUGUGGAGCCCCGAGCCCAGAGCAUGGCACAGACGAAGGGAAAUACCCAGCCUGAGGGUGCCCCCCACCAGCCCUUCGUCUUCAAGGUGGUUCUCCUGGGGAGCAGCUCUGUGGGCAAGUCCAGCCUGGUCAUCCGACUCAUCAAGAAUGACUUCAAGGAAAUCCUGCCCACCAUGGGCUGUGCCUUCUUCACUCAGAUGAUGGAAAUAGACAACUCGGCCUUAAAGCUGGAGAUCUGGGACACGGCAGGACAGGAGAAAUAUCACAGCGUUUGCCACCUCUACUUUCGGGGAGCCAAUGCCGCCAUCUUGGUUUAUGACAUUGCCAACAAGGAUUCUUUCCAGAGGGCCCAGAACUGGUGGAAAGAGCUGGAGAAUGAAUUUUCACCUGACGAAAUUGUGGUGAUUUUAGUAGGCAACAAGACAGAUCUUGAGGAUUCUCGGGAAGUGACCCUUGAGGAGGGAAAAGCAUUUGCAGAAAGUAAGAAAUUAUUGUUCAUGGAAACCUCGGCCAAAUUAAAUUACCAAGUGACCGAAGCCUUCACUGCCUUAGCUCGUGAACUAUUAAAAAGGGAAGAACAGAAUGGGGGUCAGACUCAGCAGGGGGAGCCCCGAGUCGACCUGAAGACAACCAGGAUAGUGAAGAACAAAUGCUGCCUGGACUAGGAAAGAACCCUCCCCCCACUUUGGCUUCCUCUUGGCUUUCCCUCACGAAGACGAGGCUCUCGGCCCAUUCCUGAAAGCGCCUUUGUUUUAGCCGGCGGAUGGCCCUGCCCUGGCUAUGGCAAGGGUGACCUGGAAAGUUGACUCAAAAUGCCGGACUUGCUGUCAUACAAGUUCUCCCUCCCAGGCUCAGAAGAGAUUCAUGGGGCCUUCAAGUAAAGCCUCCUGAUGGAGCCUUUGGCAGGAGGAAUGGGCCAGGGGUGUCUGGGAGUCUGGAGCCAGAACACCUGACGCCUCCACCUGUGGGCAGCUUCUCAGGGACACCACGGCCUCUCCCUCUCUGGCAAUCACUGAUUUAGAGCUGACGGGGAGCUUGGGAGUCAUGUAGCCCAACCCCCUCAGUUCCCAGCUGAGAAAAUGGAGACAUAGAUUGUUGAAGGGACUAAAUAUAAGGAACCCACAUGACUGGGGGGCCAAGGCAGGCUCUGAGCGCUCUAACCACUGCACUGCCUGGCUGCCUUCUGAUGGGUCAGAGUGAGGCAUCCCCUUGCUGGCUGGCACCGGGGGAGCCCAACGCCAGGUGGACAUGCCAUCUGAACACAACUGGAAGGAGCUGAAAUGGGAAGGGUAGAAACACUUAAAUCCUGUGUAUACUUCUCCAUGUUUUCAUAUUUAUACUCUCUUCCUAGAUGAUUAAGAAGAUGCUUUUCAAAUCACUGUACAGCCUCCUGAGCCUCAGUUUCCUUCUCAGUAAUUUGUAUAAUGACAUUUGUGCAAAAUUGCAUUGUAAAUAUUAGUGUCUUCAGAGCCACAAGACUCAAUUCUUGUACUCACUGUGUAUCCUUGGUCAUGUCACUGUUAGCUCCUUGGGCCUCAGUUUCCCUGUCUAUAAAAUAAAUUAAGCUAAAUGGUCUCUAACCUCCUUCCCAGUUCUAGAUAUACUGAGGUCUCAUACUUUCUCAAUUCUGGGGUUGAUGUGAGUAAAUAUUAUGCAAAUUUAAAAGUAAUAUGGAAAGGUAUUCAGUCAAUCAACAAGAAUUUAUUAAGUGCUUACUGUAUACCAGAUACUGUGUUAAGAAUUGGAAGUGGAAAUAGAAGUAAAAAGGACAGUCCUUGUUCUCAAAGAGCUUGUGUUCUAAAGGAAGCUGAAAGGCUGAAGUGGGGGGUGGGCACCCCAAAGGGCAAGAUAGAGACACCCAGAGGAGGCAGCCCAAUGGGAAAGGAAGAUGGUAUUAAUAAUAAUAGAGAGACCAUAGUCAUCUUAACUUAGCUCUACCUGCUCAUGUCACAGUGCCAGCAAUCAGCGGGACUUAGAGGGAUCCAUCCCCUUUAAUGCUGUGAUUACAUGAUUAUUAAAAAAAAUCCAACCAAUGAAGCAACAUUUGGUCUUGUUGCUGCCAUGACCCAAAGAUCAACAGUGGUGCUCUGUAGCUGAGGCAGAGAGCCAGCUUUGGUGUUCAAGUACUGCUUCUGGCACCUGCUGGCUGCGUGAACCUUCUCAAAGCCCUGUAGGUGAUUCUCUAAGACUUAGUUAGCAGUCACUGAUCUCAGUUAAUAGAGGGACUUUCCACACUGGGAGUAACCACCUACAAGAAGCUCCCAGGCCUGGAUCAAAGCAAAACGUCAUCUUCAGUCAUUGAUGCUUGAAGUGUUUCUGUGGUUGUUCAUUUUUUUAAAUUGGAGCAUCUUGGGUCUUUGCCUUGGAUGCUACCACUCCCCUCCCUUCCUCACUUUUGCUCUUCUUCCUCCUCCUUCCCCUCUUCAUUUUCCCUCUCCUCCUUCC